AGUUGCUGGGCAGGCGGGACCGUCUAGCAACGAGUUUUGACCUGCAGCCCCGAGAGCCAAUCACAGACGAGUAUUCCAACGAGCUCCGCCCAGGUUUUCCGGCCGCGUUCACGCCUCAGUAGGAAUGACCAACGGGGGCGUGUCCGGAGGGCGUGUCCAGGCUCGAGCUCGAACCAUUUUAAAAAAGAAGCAAAGUCUCCAGUCGCUGCUUCAGGCACCAAACAACAACAACACCCCAAACUGAUCCCCUGUCUGUCCCCCGGUGCGCUCCUCCUGUAGCCGGCCGCCCACUCACGACGCCAGUAUGAUGCGUAAAGACGUCAACAAGCCGAAGGGCAAGACGUCGGCUUACGCCUUCUUCGUCCAGACAUGUCGAGAGGAACACCGGAAGAAGCACCCGGAGCAGUCCGUCAACUUCGCGGAGUUCUCCAAGAAGUGUUCCGAGAGAUGGAAGGGUCUGACUGCCGGCGAUAAGAAGUGUUUCGAGGACAUGGCGAAAACCGACAAGGUGCGUUACAACAACGAGAUGAAAGACUACAUCCCACCCAAGGGCUUCGGAAAGAGGGGCCGCAAGAAGAAAGACCCCAACGCACCCAAGAGACCCCCGUCUGCGUUCUUCGUGUUCUGCAGUGAGUACCGUCCCAGUGUGAAGCAGCAGACUCCUGGUCUCUCUAUAGGAGACUGUGCCAAGAAACUGGGAGAGAUGUGGAGCAAACUGACCCAGUCUGACAAGCUGCCCUACGAGGAGAAGGCCCAGAAGCUACGGGAGAAAUACGACCGGGACAUGGUGGCGUACCGUGGCGGCGGAACAACGUACGCCAGGAAUCCCGGCUCUUCAGCUCAGGGAGGAGAGGAAGAGGAGGAUGAUGAGGGAGAGGAUGAGGACGACGACGAUGAUGACGAGUAGAGGGGAUGCACUGCAGCUGGAUGAGAGAGAGAGAGAGAGAGGUGUGUGUGUUUCAGAAGGUCACUUGAAGGUUCACCUAAACAAAACAGCAGCAGGACAUCAAGUCCUUAAAGAUGCAGUAAAGUGAGUAAACGGCUCAUUCUGGGAGAAUCCCUCACGUCUGGAUGUUCACGGUGCUUUAAUUCUAAAACAGCAAACAGCCGGGGAAGGUUCAUCUCCUGACAUUUUUAAUGAAUACAUCGGAACUGUGUAGCAGUUCAGUAAACUAGUCUCUAAUCCCAGUUUGUACCCAAGUACACACCGGUCUGUUACCAGCAUGUCGUUUUUAACUGGUCACAUGACCAAAAGGUUAUUUAUCAACACCUACACUUUUAACUAUCUGUGUUCUAAAACUAGACAGACAGUCAGAGAGACACGGGUCACUCUGAAACACAUACACUGUGUGUGUGUGUGUGUGUGUGUGUGUUUGUGUGUGUGUGUGUGUGUGUGUGUGUGUGUGUGUGUUUGUUGGAGGUCAGCAGAUGUUAAACUGUUGAACACCAGGAAACCGUACAGUAACACCCCCCUCACUGUUACCAUGGUUUCCCCAGCACCCUCCCCCCACCCCACCCCUGUGUGGUACCAUGGAAACCCAAGCCCCCCCUUCCUGCUCUUCAUCAUGAUGUUGUUGUUUUUUAUUUUCUUACUGGAGGUUUAUUGGAGUUUUUCUGUUCUUUGUUCACUGUCAGUGUAGAAACUUUUAUAAUAAAACGACCAACUGAGGGGAAAAAACA